GAUCGCAUCCAUGAGAUGGAGUCCAAAGCUUGCUAUGAUGCAAAGGCGGCCUGGUUACAGGAGUAUUCUCUCCUAGUCGCUGGUGCAAUGAUCUGCUACGGCUGCCUAUGGCUGCUGAAGAGGGAGCUUGCAUCAACAGGAUGCGUCAGCCAGCUGCUGAUGGAAGACUUGUGCUUGGCAACUUUGCUGCUCCUGCCCUGCUUUCUUCACAGAUUUGUAUUGCGUCUGCUGGCCAACUUGGCAUUGGGAUGCCACGAUAUGGAUAUCCACAACCUCUUUUUU